UAUUUUUGCUUAUGAAUGUAGGCGAUUUCUUGGUUUGGGGAUUAUUUCAGUUUUACAGUGACUCAAAACAUAAAGAAUGUUUAGUCUAGAAAUUUGGCUAUUUUAGGCUGAUUUUGAAUAUGCAAGCCGCAUAGUUUUGUCAGACCAACUUGCCUGUAUUACACAGAUCUGGCAACACAGCCUGACUGUACAGAGAUGGUAAACCCAAGGCAAACCGGUAACACACCGACAGAGUCGAUGAGACGUCAACGGCCGCUGGCAAACUCGGACUAAAGCGACUGGAAUAAGACACAUUUUAGAUUCGGCAGCGGAUAUUCAUCUAUAAACUUGAUAACUGAGUGUAUGUCUUUAAAUUACAAGAGACUGGCACUUUAGAAGACACCGCGAAUGGUUCGAGGCUCCUGACAAACUCUGUUUCGCGACGGCUGUUAAAAAUAUUUUUCUUCGGAGUCUUUUGGCUUGUCAGCUGGUAGCAAUUACGGAUCUACCACAAACUGUAGGAGACACGGUUGGGAGUUCGUGCCUUUUGGUUGACUGACUUGGUGCUGGCUGGGUGGACCUCGAGCGGCCCGCUUCAACACCCGCGGUAGGAGCCGGGGUGUAGUUUGGUUUACGGAGGACAUUCAGCGGCUUUAAACAAACACCCUUCAGCCGGUAUUUGAUCCCCUGGAGCCGGCUAUAAUCCGGACAGAGACCUCAUGAAUGGAAAUCGGAACUACAGGAGCCGUUGGGGGUGCGCCCCUGUUCUCCGUACCUCGGAGGCCAGGCUAUGGCACCAUGGGGAAGCCCAUCAAGCUGCUGGCCAACUGUUUCCAGGUGGACAUCCCCAAAAUGGAUGUCUACCUGUACGAGGUGGACAUCAAGCCUGAAAAGUGCCCACGUCGUGUUAACAGGGAGGUGGUGAAUUCCAUGGUGCAGCACUUUAAGGUGACAAUCUUUGGGGACAGAAGACCAGUCUAUGAUGGCAAGAAAAGCCUCUACACCGCCCAACCGUUACCAGUGGCCACAGCGGGGGUGGACUUGGAUGUGACCUUGCCAGGUGAAGGUGGGAAGGACAGGCUGUUCAAAGUCACCAUUAAGUUUGUGUCACUGGUCAGUUGGCAUUUGCUGCAUGAGGUCCUGACUGGGCGGAGCACACCUGAUCCUCUGAACCUGGAUAAGCCAAUCAGCACCAAUCCUGUACACGCUGUUGAUGUUGUUAUGCGCCAUCUGCCUUCUAUGAGGUACACUCCAGUGGGACGAUCUUUUUUCUCAUCCCCCGAGGGCUAUGAUCACCCACUGGGUGGGGGGAGGGAGGUGUGGUUUGGUUUCCACCAAUCAGUGCGACCAGCUAUGUGGAAGAUGAUGUUGAACAUUGAUGUGUCUGCUACUGCAUUCUACAAAGCUCAGCCUGUGAUUCAGUUCAUGUGUGAGGUUUUGGAUAUCCACAACAUCGAUGAGCAGCCUCGACCUCUUACUGAUUCCCAUAGAGUCAAAUUCACCAAAGAAAUCAAAGGUCUAAAGGUGGAGGUCACCCACUGUGGCACCAUGCGGAGGAAGUACAGGGUAUGUAAUGUUACUCGACGACCAGCAAGCCACCAGACGUUUCCUUUACAGUUGGAAAAUGGACACACCGUGGAGAGAACAGUGGCACAAUACUUCAGGGAAAAGUACAACUUACAGCUCAAGUAUCCCCAUCUGCCCUGCCUGCAAGUGGGGCAGGAGCAGAAACACACAUACCUGCCUUUGGAGGUGUGCAACAUUGUGGCAGGCCAGCGCUGCAUUAAAAAAUUAACAGACAACCAAACCUCCACCAUGAUCAAAGCCACAGCCCGCUCAGCACCGGACAGACAAGAGGAGAUCAGCAGACUGGUGCGCAGUGCCAACUACAACUCGGACCCCUUUGUGCAGGAGUUCCAGUUCCGUGUGCGGGAUGAGAUGGCGGAGGUGACGGGUCGUGUCCUGCCCGCCCCUAUGCUGCAAUAUGGCGGCAGGGUGAGCUCUGAACAAUUUAUGAAUCGUACAGUGGCCACCCCAAGUCAUGGUGUGUGGGAUAUGAGAGGCAAGCAGUUUCAUACUGGUGUGGAGAUCAAGAUGUGGGCCAUUGCUUGCUUUGCCACUCAGAGACAAUGCAGAGAGGAAGUCCUCAAGGGCUUUACAGACCAGCUGCGGAAGAUUUCUAAGGAUGCAGGGAUGCCCAUACAGGGCCAGCCAUGUUUUUGCAAAUACGCUCAGGGAGCAGAUAAUGUGGAGCCCAUGUUCCGCCACCUGAAAAACACCUAUGCUGGCCUCCAGCUCAUCAUCGUCAUAUUGCCUGGGAAAACUCCUGUCUACGCGGAAGUGAAACGUGUUGGAGACACUCUUCUGGGAAUGGCCACUCAGUGCGUUCAGGUGAAGAACGUGGUGAAAACCUCCCCUCAGACCCUCUCCAACCUCUGUCUCAAGAUCAACGUCAAACUGGGUGGCAUCAACAAUAUACUGGUACCCCAUCAGCGCCCAUCUGUGUUCCAGCAGCCUGUUAUUUUUCUGGGAGCUGAUGUCACUCAUCCACCCGCAGGAGACAGCAAGAAACCCUCCAUUGCAGCUGUGGUGGGCAGCAUGGACGCUCACCCCAGCAGGUACUGCGCUACCGUCCGUGUCCAGAGGCCCAGACAGGAGGUGAUUCAGGACCUGGCAUCCAUGGUGCGAGAGCUGCUCAUUCAGUUCUACAAGUCCACCCACUACAAACCCACCAGAAUCAUCUUUUACAGGGACGGUGUGUCUGAGGGACAGUUCAGACAGGUGCUGUACUACGAGUUGCUGGCAAUACGUGAAGCUUGUAUCAGCCUUGAGAAGGAAUAUCAACCGGGAAUUACCUACAUCGUCGUACAGAAACGUCACCACACUCGCCUCUUCUGCGCUGACCACACUGAGAGGGUGGGCCGCAGUGGUAAUAUACCAGCAGGUACCACAGUGGACACUGAUAUCACCCAUCCUUAUGAAUUUGACUUUUAUCUGUGCAGCCAUGCUGGAAUACAGGGUACAAGCCGACCAUCACACUACCAUGUGCUAUGGGACGACAACUGCUUUACAGCCGAUGAAUUCCAGCUCUUGACCUACCAGCUAUGCCACACAUAUGUACGCUGUACCCGCUCCGUUUCCAUCCCUGCGCCUGCCUACUAUGCCCACCUAGUGGCCUUUAGAGCCCGCUACCAUUUAGUGGAUAAAGAGCACGACAGUGCGGAAGGCAGCCAUGUAUCAGGCCAGAGUAAUGGCCGAGAACCCCAGGCCCUGGCCAAAGCUGUGCAGAUCCAUCACGACACUCUGAGGACCAUGUACUUUGCUUAGUCCAGCCACCACAGACCUGUCAGUCUCUGGUCAUCAUGCACUUAGUGGAGAAGGGCUUCUCCCAAUCACAGGCUGCUAAAGAGAACCAAAUGUAGAACUUACAGGAGGAACUAGCACUGUUAUGAAAUAGAAAAACAGCCAAUCUUUCCAGUCUGCUUCGCUUACUGAUUGUUUUUAAUAUGUAGAUUGCAGCUAUACCAUUAUUUAUUAGAUUCACAGAUCUGUUUAACUAUUAAUUUUGCCUAUUUAGGUCACAAAACCAAGCUUAAAAAGGUUUGCUUGAUCAGCUCGUUCUAGAUCAGCGAAUGAGGCAGUGUUAUUUCUUUAGGACCGGAGUGAUGAGCCCUACUUCUACACAGUUUUGUUUCACAACUAAUCAUACACGCAUGAAGUUGGAAAUCAGCAUCGUCAGGUUCAGUUGGAAAUGACAGGCAGGUGUGUUCGAACAGAGUUAAAACUAAUCUUUGGAACCGCUUUUGGUUUAGGAUUAGUAUUUUAUUAGGUUUGGUGAAGUCGGUCGUUGGAGGAAUGCCACUAGAGGGCAGUGUAAAGUUUGCUAUGACAUCUUAUUGUAGGUCCUCCACUGUUCCUCUGGACAUUUGUUGCACUAAUCUGAGUUCCAUUCUUGAUGUUUUACUAGUAACUUAAUAGAAAAUUAUGUUUUUCCAGCUAAAUGUAAUCUAGCAGAUGCAAAAAACAAGACAACUGCAAUGUCAUUCCAUUUUUUCCAACCGGUCAGAAAUCCAUAUUUGUCCCCCUACAUCUCAUUUUCCAUGUGUCCAUGUCUUAUUCUGCUUUUUGGACAUUGGAGACACCACUUUUCUUCCAAUUCCACAGUCUUUCAAAUGAUUCUAUAUACCUCUGUGAUACAUUAACUUUCUAGUCCAUGCGCUGUCUGGAAAAUAUUGCACCUACCAUUGAACUAUUAGUUCCUUGCGGUUCCUGACGGCUUUCUCCUCAGCUCGCUCAUUAAGCAGAGGUGACAGAUUAGCUAAGAACUGCAGAAUCACCAAAAGAUGAACUUUGAAACUCAAGGGUUGGCAAAAAGUUUCCACAGUCAACUGUUAUGUAUGUGUGUUGAAUGCUUUGUGCCUCAUUCAGUUUGUGUGCACUUACAACGCAAGCAUUCGAAUCUGUCAGAGCAUGACCAUAACACAUUUGAUGGAUGUGUGUGCUCAUAUAAUUCCAUCCAAGGCCACUCAGAUGCCUACGUCAUCCAUUAAUAUUAACUUUACAGCUGUUAGACAUUUUAUUCUCAUUUAUGAUCUCUGAGCUUAUUUAUAAUGUUGCUUUUAACUUGCAUUGUCAAUUGCUCAUCUGUAAAUUAUCUAUUUAACUUAACAGUUUAAU